GGGGUGGGAGAGGGCGGACCGUCGAGGUGUUGAAUGUUGGGAUCGCGCAAGGCUUCGGCGGAGCACAGACUCGCCGAUGUCUCGACAUCUCUGGGAUCGGGACCCGAGCACGCCUCCACCAAUCGUCCCCAGCAACGUUCGACUCUUAGAAUGGCCGCCUCUUCACGGGGCUUCGCCGCCUUCAAGCAGCAGUCAUCAUUCCGCCUCCCCUCGUCCCUCCGCGCCGGCCUCUUUGGGCCUCGAGAGCAAUUCUUCCAGCCAAACGCUGUCCACCAGUCGCGGAACUUUUCCUCGUCGAUACUGCGCAGAUACCAGUACCCAAAGUCACCUCUGAACAAGCCCUCCACAUUCGUCAGCAGCGACCCAGUACUGCGGCAAGUAGUCCAGACACGGCAGCCUGUCGUUCUCUACGAGGCGCCGAAGAGCAAGUGGUACUACUGGAAGGUCUACGGACUUGCGGCGAUAUGGAUUGGCACGGGCGCAUACUCGAUCAAGUUCCAGGAAGAUGUGAAAGACAUCCCCGACCUGGCCUUCUUCGUGCGGCCGACGUACGUCGUGGUUGGAUUGAGUUUCAUUGCGAUUGGUUGCUACAUCUGCAGCGCACCUACUAACCGCGUGCGCUCGCUGGAGGUGGUGCCUAGCAUGAUGGGUGGGCCGAUGCAGUUGCGCAUGGCAGUCAAGCAGGCACCGUGGUCGAAAGAGCGCAUCAUCUACAGCAAUCUUGGAGGCGCCACAAUAAGCGAGAAAUGCCAGCCCAUGGCAGUGGAACUGCAGGAAGCUGAGCGUGCGAGACGGCAGAGCGUAUGGCAGGACAUGGACAACAUGAACAUCCUCUCCAAGGCGUGGGAAGGCUCCGCGCGCUGGGUGCACCAGAAGUGGACCAGCUUCUUCCUGAAAUUUAAGUACGCUGUGCUAAGAUUCGGAAUCGCAAAGGUUGAGGUGCAAGGAGAGAAGUGGAAGAUCGACUGCUCGGGGUAUCUGUUGGAGAACGGCAAAGCUGUCGAUCGUAUCAUUCCGGAAGAGUAGGUCAGGAAUCAAACUGUUGGGGACAUGAAGCGAUGCAACACUUCUGUCCUGCCAGAAGCCAUCCAACCGCAGCAGGCUGCGAUGUCAUACACUGUAAAUUUGACAUGUACGAAGCGAUUGUAGGAUAUAGUACGAUUCAGAUACCCAAAAGCCCGUUUUCACCAGCUUCCAGGUGUUGCUGAAAAGAUAAUAAUAGUUUACAAGGGACUAUGUGUCAGCACUUCAGUGUCACAUACACCACACCUUAGAGAUACUCGACCUUUAUGUUGAACAUCGAACCGUUCCUAUGAAGCAAGCAGAGUCAAAAUUCAUUCGUCACCAAGAAUAUAUUCGU